AAGCGUGUGUGUCAACUUUGCACUUGGGAGUGGAUGGUGUGGCCCGUGAGCGUGGCUGUAGUAAGGAGAUGGCAGAGUCAACCACCCUGAGAGCAUCUUGUUGGGGCUGAGAUUACAACCCGCAGUUCAGCAGGUGGCGGCCAGGUGGUGAUGAGUAGAGAAGGAUGUCAGUGUGUCCUUGGGCCCCUCUCAUCUGCUCAUUCUCUCCCCUGUCCAUACAGAGAAGAGCCCCCUUCCCUGAGCUGAGCCAGGGGCCAAUGGCCAGGGACAAAGCCCAACCCUGUGAGCUGGACCAAGAGAAAUACGAUGCUGAUGACAACGUGAAAAUCAUCUGCCUGGGGGACAGUGCUGUGGGCAAAUCCAAGCUCAUGGAGAGAUUUCUCAUGGACGGAUUCCAGCCCCAGCAACUGUCCACGUACGCCCUGACCCUGUACAAGCACACAGCCACGGUGGACGGCAAGACUGUGCUUGUGGACUUUUGGGACACAGCAGGCCAGGAGCGGUUCCAGAGUAUGCACGCCUCCUACUACCACAAGGCGCACGCCUGCAUCAUGGUGUUUGAUAUACAGAGGAAAGUCACCUACAAGAACCUGGGCACUUGGUACGCAGAACUCCGGGCGUUCAGGCCAGAGAUCCCGUGCGUCGUGGUGGCCAAUAAAAUCGAUGCAGACAUGAAGAUGACCCAAAAAAGAUUCAGUUUUGCCAGGAAGUUCUCCCUGCCGCUGUACUUUGUCUCGGCUGCUGACGGCACCAACGUUGUGAAGCUCUUCAAUGAUGCAAUUCGAUUAGCAGUGUCUUACAAGCAGAAUUCCCAGGACUUCAUGGAUGAGGUUUUGCAGGAGCUUGAGAACAUUGAUUUGGAGCAGAAGGAGCAGGACCUGCCAGGCCUGGAGCAGGCUGCCAGCACGGAGAGCCUGCCCCCCUCCUGAGUCUGCGGAGACCUCCCUCCCUUCGCAGCCCUGCAGCUUAGAACUGAGAGACCUCCCUGGCCCGCGACACCCGGCCCUUCCACAGCUGCCCGCCCGUACUUGGGGCAUGAACGGGUCGGCACCAGCAAGCACCCUGACACACGUGAGAGGUCCGUCCACACCAGACCCUGACGCAGCAUUGGGGAUCAUAAUCCCCCUCCCAGGGUCGGAUGGUGAAGAGAAUCAGGGAACCUGCUUUGUGUGUCUCUUAAAUAAAAGGAAAUUCAGGUUGUUGUUUUGUCUCCCGGAACAGACCUCAGGGCCUGUCUGUCGCAUGGCCCCUAAGGUCAUGAUUUCCAGCCCCAUCUGUGCAGAAUUUGGGAGCCCCCUUUUCACCGUCAGUCCCCCAACCACCUUUUACGGAAUGGUUGUGCGCAGACAGCCUCCUUCCACAGGCGUUCGGGGCUUGUGUAGGCACAGCCAGCACAUGGUGCCGGUGAGGUGAGCCCGUGAGCCCCGUGAGCCCCGUGGGCAGGUGCGCCGUGCUUGGUGCUGCGCCGACGCAGCCUCUGCAGGCCGUGUGGCACCAGUUCGGGUGGGAGACACUGGGAAGGGCCUCCUGUGAGAGCCCCACCUCGGAGGAGGUCCUGUGUCCCCAGGACGGCUGCCCGAGGGAGCAGAGCCCCUUCCCCCCAGGACUGGCCCACUAGUGC